CUUGGCCCAAGUUAUUACCUAAGGUACAUAGUGUAGGUAUGCUCUUCACGUUUGCUGGUUAGACCCAGAGGCUGCGAACAUUAACUUGAUUUUCAUCCCUCUGAUCGCCUGAAGUUGAGUUAAAAGAAAGACUUGUAUGGUUUGUUAUGAGUGAACAACCCUCAGGCGCUGGGCAUCUUUGGGUGUUUGAGACGGGGUGUGACAAAGAAACAACUCAUGUCAAAAUCUCUGUAUCAUGCUUCCCAUACUAAUACAGACUUAUAGGUAUGAAUAUUCUUUAUAUAGAUGGUAAUUGUUUGCCAAAUUCCAUAGAUCUUGCUGUGUAACAAGGUAACGAUCUACCGGCUCUUGUUGGAUCAGCCAAUACGUGAUCUCAAUGCGAGAUUUCACCAUCGAUUAAGCCCGAUUUAUCUCUGCAGUACAUACCUACGUCAAUGUUCCUGGUUCCUUGAAGUUGGGUCAUGGCCGAUGACCCGUUUGAUGCCCCACGUCGUGUCAGAUUGGUUUUCUUAUUCACAAUUUUCGUGAUACAAAAAGCAUCUUUAGCCGCAGCGUUUCAACGUUUGUCUCCUAAACUGCCGGUGAUAAUUCCUGCAUUUGAAAAACAACAGUCCUUAAUCGCAUUCGCAAUAAAUCCUUUCAUAAUGAGUAACUCGUCUCUCGCAGAUCAGGAUCCUGAAGCAUUGGGCCCUUCGCUGCAAAACAACAGUGAAAUUAAUGCCCUGGAGCCUCGCGAGGAUCAACCGCUACUUCAACCUCCCGAUGAGGACAGUUGGAGGCCUCCUCGUGGGUUCGUCUGGAUUCAGUUGGCGAUUAUGUCCAAUGUCUUCCUCUACGGCCUCGAUAGUACCAUCACCGCUGCGACUUAUGCCGUCAUCAGCUCUGAGUUCAAUGCCGCAAACACAGCCUCAUGGUUGACUACGUCGUAUCUUGUCACUAGCACAGCGUUCCAACCUCUCUAUGGCAGAGUAUCUGAUAUCUUUGGACGGCGACUGUGUUUCUUCAUUUCGACCAUUACGUUUGCUUUUGGAUGUCUUGGGUGCGGUGUUGCGAACAACAUCAUCUUUCUCAAUGUCAUGAGAGCAUUGACUGGCUUUGGCGGUGGAGGCUUGAUGACCAUGGCCACUAUCGUCAAUUCGGACAUGGUUCCCUUUAGGAAGCGCGGCAUGUACCAAGCUCUCCAGAACGGCAUCUAUGGCUUUGGGGCUAUUUCUGGAGCUUCCUUUGGUGGCUCGAUUGCCGACCAUAUUGGCUGGAGAUGGUGUUUUCUCUUUCAGGUGCCCGUAUCAAUCCUUGCUCUGAUCAUUGGUGCUCUAGUCGUCUCUGAUCAGUCUGGAGCUUUCUCGCUCGAUGGCAAUCUGGGUACUGUCUGGCACAGAGUCGACUUCUCUGGGUCACUUCUCCUCGUCAUAGCUAUCUCGGUUCAGCUCGUGGGACUCAGCCUGGGCGGAAACGAGCUUCCCUGGUGUAGUCCUUGGGUGAUUGGAGCCUUAAUUGGGAGCAUUUUCUUGUUUGGUCUUUUCCUCUUUGUUGAGGAAAAGACGAGUGCCAUCCCAGUUAUCCCUCUCCACUUGCUGCAAGGAAGGCUACCUAUUGCAACGCAGUGUGCAAACGUAUGUGCAGGUAUGGCUGCAUAUGGAUACCUUUUCAUGCUUCCGCUUUUCUUUCAGGUUGUUCUGCUUGACUCGGCCACCACAGCCGGUGCUCGACUAGCAAUUCCUUCACUGGCCACUCCAAUUGGUGGCCUUAUUGCUGGGGUGGUUAUGUCUCGUUGGGGCAAACUACUUGCUCUUGUGCGAACUGGAGCUCUGUUGAUGGUUCUAGGCAACGGUUUGGUGACCUUACUCCAGUUUCAAGAUUCGAAGUGGAAGUACUUUAUCUAUGUCUUUCCGGCAAACCUUGGUCAAGGCAUUAUUUAUCCCGGUAUACUGUUUACUUCACUCGCCUCGUUUGACCACGCCGAUCACGCUGUCACGGCCUCGACAGUAUACCUCAUCCGCUCACUGGGAACCGUCUGGGGAGUUUCAGUCACAUCUUCCAUCGUUCAGACUACACUCAGCGUUCGUCUGCCUGCUGCAUUGAGUGAGAUAGCAGAUAAAUGGAGAGUAUGCCCUUUUUCUUGUCACCAAUUUCCGUCGUGAAGCCCUUGAUCUGAUGCUAAUCGUGCUUUCCCGCAUAGAUUAUCGAACAAAUCAGACACUCUGUUGACUAUAUCCGUCAACUACCUCCCGACGUGCAACUCAAGGCACGUCUGGUUUACUAUGAUGGGUUGAGAUAUGCCUUUGGCGCCUCCACUGCCGUAGCCCUUCUAGGACUCUGCGCUGCCUUGAUUGCCAGUGGAACUAGCCUUCGAACAACUCACAAGUAGUCGGAGGUGGCCGAGUGGUCUGGGUUUAUCAAACGCUAAAGGAGUUUCAGUCUCCUGCGUGCAAUCGAAUUCUCCGAGCAUGCAUUCACUUCAUGACUGUUACUCGGGGUCAUUGGCAAAGUUCCAGGGCUCCUUAGAUAGAACCAAUUCGAUUGUUGUAGUGCAUCACCUGUAAAUAGAGGGACUAAACCUCGACGGCAUCAUGUGCCUGCUGAUCAGCGUAAUGCAGGUAAAUAAAAAGAACACUUUCCUCUUCGUUGGACACACAGA